AUGCACUACUUCAAUGAAGUUUUGGACUUCAUAGAUUAUAUGCUCUCUGUUAGGCAGAAAAUCUUAUCUGGAGGUGUACCGUCUGAGGAACUCAAUGCUUUGCGGAUUCAGUUGGCAAGGAAGAUAGACCGUGGAAAUAUGCUUUUGAGUCUAAAUGUGACGAUCCGGGACGAGCAUGGCCUUGCUUAUGAUCCGGAUUCUAUAUCAUUUCUCCAAACAUAUAAUGAACAUCUAAAUGCUCAAAAACGCGUCGCAACAGAUUCCUUCAAGCUUGACCCUCAGGAAAAACCUGCGAAAGCUUUUUGUCUUUUGUUACGGGUGCAAUGUGUGGAGCUGCAAAUGAAAUACAAUUGUGAAAUUACUAUGGUACUGUAUGAUAUGGAAGCAAAACAUUUUGUUAGUGAUACGUUUACGUUCAUAUGGAAGAGCAGUAAUGAACAGAGUUCACGUGACCUCAAUAUUCGCGGAUUAUUUACGAAUUUUACUCAUGCCGAUAUCGGGAAACGUCUCGUGUUGAUCACUCGAGUUGCUCAUAUCUCUCCAGUUGAGCAUACGUCGUCAACAUUGAGGAGAAAUCAAGAGCCAGGUCCUCCAAACUUGUACUGUCGUCAA